ACAGCGAGCAAUGGACCAUGCAACCGGUGCCAUGGGCAGCCUAAUCCUCAAGCUUGGCGAACUCCUCAAGGAGGAGUACAACCUGCAGAGAAGCGUCAAGGAAGGUGUCCAGUAUCUUGAGAGAGAGCUGAAGAGCAUGCAAGCUGCCCUCUGCAAGGUCGGGGAUGUGCCACGGGACCAGCUCGACGAGCAGGUCAAGCUCUGGGCCAACGAGGUCAGAGACCUUUCAUAUGGAAUGGAGGAUAUCAUCGACAAGUUCAUGGUACGUGUUGAGGGCCCUGAGCCUGAUGACAAACAACACAAGCUCAAACAGCUCAUGAAGAAGAUGGGCGAUUUGUUCACGAAGGGCAAGACACGCCAUUGUAUCGGAAAAGAGAUCAAACGCAUCAAAGCCGGCAUCCAGGAGGUGGCUGAUCAGCGUGAUAGAUACAGGGUCCACGAGAUCAAUGACGUGGUUGCUAAUCCAACUGGUGCAACCACGGUCGACCCUCGCCUGUUGGCUCUCUACAAGGAUAGGAAAGAGCUUGUUGGCAUUGAUGAUUCAUUGAGUGAGCUAACCAAGAUGCUGAGCAUCGAGGAUGGUGAUGUGUCCAAGCAACUCAAGAUACUCUCUGUUUUCGGAUUUGGAGGUCUUGGCAAGACAACUCUUGCCAAAGCAGUGUAUGAUAUGCUCAAAGCGCAGUUUGAUUGCAGCGCUUUUGUUCCAGUAGGACGGAACCCUAGCAUGAAGAAACUUUUCAAUGACAUUCUCUUUGGAAUUGACAAGCAAAAACAUCAGGAUUCUAUUUUAUCAUCGUGGGAUGAAAGGCAGCUGAUCGACGAACUCCAAGUAUUACUGGAGAACAAGAGAUACUUGAUUGUCAUUGAUGACAUAUGGGAUAAAAAAACAUGGGAAUUAGUCAAGACUGCUUUGCUACAACCACUUUCCCCUUAUUUAUCUAAGGAUUUAUUUCAUAGAAGAUUAAUUGGUGGUGAAAUAGAACAACCUAAUCAUCUGCCAGCAGAGGCAUAUGAUAAAAUUUUACAUAAAUGUGGGGGUGUACUGUUGGCUAUAAUCACAAUAGCUAGUUUGCUCGUCAAUAAACGAGUGGAGCUUUGGUCUAAGGUAUACACCUCAAUCGGUUUUUGGCAUGAAGAGAAUGAAGACGUGGAGAACACAAGAAAAAUACUUUUACAUAGCUAUUAUGAUCUACCUUAUCACCUAAAGACUUGCUUAUUAUAUCUGAGCAUAUAUCCUGAAGAUCAUUUUAUUGAAAAAGGUAGUUUGAUAUGGAAGUGGGUUGGCGAAGGUUUUAUCCAUGAGGAACCAGGUGUGGGACUAUUCGAGAUUGGUGAGAGGUACUUCAAUGAGCUGGUGAAAAAAAGCAUGAUAAUGCCGGUAGAGAGCCCACAUGAUGGCAUCAUAACUGGAUGUCAUGUCCAUGACAUAAUGUUUGAUAUGAUAUGUCUACUAUCAAAGGAAGAAAACUUUGUUACGGUAUUGGGUAGUAACGAGAAAUAUACAACUUCACAUUGCAAUGCUCGUAGGCUAGCUAUUCAUCGAGGAUUCCAACCUCUGGCUAGCACGUCUACAUUUCAAGCAAGGUCACUUAAUGCCAUGUGCAAUGCUAAUUUGUUGCCAUCACUUUCAUGCUUUGAAGUUUUGCGUGUCCUAGUUUUGGAAAGCCCCUCUAAUAGGCACAAUCCCGAUUCUUAUGAGCAUAAUGGGAAGUUAGUCCACUUGAGGUAUCUCAAACUAGCGAACAUACAUAUCUCUGAGCUCCCAGAGGAAAUAGGAGAGCUAAAGUUCUUGCUGGUACUAGACUUGAGUGCAAAAGGGAUAAAUAAACUUCCAGAGAGUAUUGGUCUACUGAGUCAACUCAAGUGCUUGAAUAUCUGCAGAACAAACAUUGAAGUGCCAUCCUGGAUCGGAAAUUUGACGUCGCUGGAAGAGCUAUGCCUGAAUGGAGUUGAGAAGCACUCGAACUUCGUGACAGAGCUGGGCAAGUUGACAGAGUUGAGGAAGCUCCGCGUGUCUGAUGUUUUAUAUUUAGAUAGUGUUGGCACAAUGAAUGCUUGGGCGGAGUCUGUAGCUAAGCUGAAUAAGAUUGAAGUCAUAGACAUUCAGUUUAUUUUCUCAGUUAGAACUUCUGGCCAUGAGACCCCCUGGGAAUGGAAGGUCCUCCCUCCACAACUCCGUGUCCUACGCAUGGCCUACCUAGAACCUGAGCUGGUAGCAAGGAUCAAUCCCUCGCUUCUUCCGAACAUGUCCCAUUUAGAACUAUUUGUAUACAGUCCAGAACUGGAGGUCUUUGGAAGUUUCCAAGAGCUUGUUGCCCUCGAGCUGUUCAUCGGUCCAUCAGCUCUCCACCAUGACACCAUGGGCGGUAUAGGUGCGUUCCCCAAACUGAGGGUCUUCAAGACACAAUCAACGAUUGGCUCGUUCGUAGAGGGAGAUAUGCCAGUCCUUGAAUAUCUUGAGUUCCACACCGUAGCACAGUCCAAUGAUGACGACAUUAGCUUUGACUUUGACUUUGGUAGCCUAGAAAACCUCCCUUUGCUUCAACACGUCUCGGUCCUUGUAUCUACCCCUGAGGCGGACCGCGAGAAGGCUGAGGAAACGGUGAGGCAUGCAACUGAUAUGCUUCCCAACCAUGUCAACCUUCGAUUCACAAUAGCUGAGGCAGCUCUGCAUAUUAUGCUGAGGUGUGUACUUAUCUCUAUUACUAGUAUAGAUGUCCACGGGCAGCUAGCCAGCUAUCUUAUGUAUAUCUUUUUCCAGAGACCUCAGAAACCGGAUAAUCAGUUAGCCAUGUAUCUAGCGUAUCGCGAUCUCCACCUAUCCAAGGUGUGUGUGUUCGGGGGCGGGGGCUUCCUUUUUGUGUAUUGGUUAAGAGGCCAAAGUUGGUACAGGGUAAGCAAUGUCCCUGGGCUGGGGCUUACCAAUGCUUCUGGCGAAGAAAAAGGUGCCCCAGCCCAUUUUAUUCAGUUUUUUAGCUCACUAGAUGCACCUGACUUGUUUGCAUGCUGCAGCAAAAUGAAUUUCUGUGAAUCCAAAUUCUGGGUCGAUGGAGCUGCUGUUCUUGCUAAGGGGAAGUUCAGUUUGUAUGCCCACCUUGUAGUGUCUACUCUAUACUUCAGAGAGUACGUGAUUCAGUUCAAAUUCCAAGCCUUAACCCCUUCCUUCUACUCCCUCUGUUCCUAA